GUAUUGAUUAGUCAUUUCAUUAAUUCUGCGUAAUACAUGAGUGGUUCUUCAAACGCAAUCUGUACAAAGAAGAUUAUUUCUAGUUUUUCCUGGAAACAAAAUACUUAUCCACUUUCAAAGAGCAUUGUGACGCGAUGUCUCAACAGCUUGUUUAUGAUAAGGGGAAUAAAGUGUUUGUCCAUAUCAAGUGUGGUAAGAGCCACUUAAGAAUGUAUAAUAAGUAGUGGGCUGCUGAAGGUGUGGCCAGUUCAGUCCUGGUUAUCCAUCAUGAACAAGUUGUUGGUGUUGUGUGUCAUUGUUGGUGGCGUUUUCGCCGACCCCGCCCUCUUUGAGGACCGGCAACUGGAGCGCAAGCUGCCAAGCUGCCGCGGCCAGAAGGAGGCGGGCGAGCAGGCAUGCGCGGAGGUAGCCGGCCGGCUAGCCCCACACCCCACCGAAUGCCGCUUGUUCUUCUACUGCACGCGCUUCAGAGCCAUCUGCCACCGUUGCCCCUUCGGCCUGCACUUCAACCCCACGCUAAGCGUAUGUGACUGGCCCAAGAACGCAGGCUGCGCCGCCAAUACCACCACAACAGCUGCACCAUCUGAACCACCAGCGACAUCUGAGGAUCCAUCCACAACAGACAGCUCACCAGCCAGUCCUUCAGAUGAACCAUCAUCUCCCACUGUAGCCGGAACCUCUGAACCAUCGUCUAGUGAACCCCCAGCAGUUACUGAAUCAGUUUAAUUCAAUUUCACCAGAAUCAGGAUAAAACGCAAAAUUAGAGUCCUAUUCACCAUAGCAAAGCCAUGAAUUUGUACGCACUAUACUGAACUAUUAGAUUAAUCGUUUAUCAAUUAAAUUAGAGAUAUGUUUAUUUUUUUAAAUAAUCGCGACAUGAGCUGUUAAAGAAAUAUUUCUUACCGUCAUCAUUGAGAUGUUAUUUUUGGUACAUUUUAAGAACAAUCGAUUAGGUUUCUGACUAAAUUCAGUA